UGUCUGAAGAUGCCUGAGCCGGCUAAGUCUGCCCCUGCCCCGAAGAAGGGCUCCAAAAAGGCCGUAACCAAAGCCCAGAAGAAAGAUGGCAAGAAGCGCAAGCGGAACCGCAAAGAGAGUUACUCUAUCUAUGUGUAUAAGGUUUUAAAGCAGGUCCACCCGGACACUGGUAUCUCAUCCAAAGCCAUGGGCAUCAUGAACUCGUUCGUCAACGACAUCUUCGAGCGCAUCGCUGGUGAGGCUUCCCGCCUGGCCCAUUACAACAAACGCUCGACCAUCACGUCCCGGGAGAUCCAGACGGCCGUGCGCCUGCUGCUUCCCGGGGAGCUGGCCAAGCAUGCCGUGUCUGAGGGCACCAAGGCCGUCACCAAAUACACCAGCUCCAAGUAGGUUCCCUCAGAAGAUUCCUGAGUUAAAAAAAUCAAAAGGCUCUUUUAAGAGCCACAUAUUUUCA